AUGCCUCGUCUUGCGAACCUCGCUGCUUUGCUCGCCGCCGUUGCACCGGCUCUCACCACCGCCGCCCUCUCGGAUGGCCAGUACACCGAGACCAUCGGUCCCCAGGAGCUUGGCAGCACCACCAUUGACGGAACCAUGGUCUACUCCAUGAACCACUGCUCCAUCGUCCACAGCACCCAGUGCCACACCUCGCUCUCCACCGCCGGCCCGGCUCCCACCACUACCGGCAGCGCCCCCGGCUACUCCUCCUCCUCCUCCUCCGAGCCUCCCGCUCCGAGCUACGGCCAGCCAGACACCAGCAGCGAUGCUUCCUCCGUCCCCACGACCACCACCGACGGCGCCGAGAACACGACCACCCCGGGCCCCGAGGAGUCCGUCACCACCGGCACCGGCACCACCACCACCACCACGGAGGAGGCGGCCACCUCGACCUCCAAGGUCCCCGACGUGCCCACCGGCGCGGCCGUCAUGGGCGCUCCUGCCAUUCUCGGUAACGUCCUUGUGGCUGCUGCCCUUGCUGCUGUUGCUGUCUAG